UGUUUUGCACUGACGCAGCCUGAAGUCGUUACAUGUCCGUUAGUGGCGUUACAGUGAAGUUAAAAGUGAAGUUUAAAAUUCAGGUGACAAACAUGAAGCUUCUUCCUCUCGUGUGUCUCUGUCUGAUGGCUCGGUCUGAAACAAUGUUUGCUGAUGAACAAGCAGGUGCAGCUCCAAAGCCAUAUGUGAUCACGCUCCGUCAAACGAAGGACUGGGCCCUGCUGCAGUGUGAAGUUCGAGGUGCUUUUCCAAAACCUACAGUAGAGUGGCAGGACAGUGCUGGAAACAAAUUUCCUGGUGAGGAGCCACAGGUCUCAGAAAGAGGAGGCAGCUUCUACAUCACCCUCCAAACUACUGUGAUGAAGACCGACCGCUAUCGCUGUGUAGCCACACAGGAGGAGAUCAAACAUCAGAUUUAUGCCGAGACUCACGUAUAUAUCCAUGAGUCCUCCACUGGAUGGAUAGUUGCUGUUGUAGUUCUUGCUGUUGUUCUUCUUCUUCUAGCUGUAUUUCUAUCGUGGUAUCGUAAGAGGUCCUACACUGAGUCCCCCACUGGACUGGAUGUUGCUGUUGACCUUGUUGUUCUUGCUGUUGGCGUUCUAGCUCUUCUUCUAUUAUGGGGUUAUCAGAGAGGGUCCUACACUGAGUCCCCCACUGGACUGGAUGUUGCUGUUGACCUUGUUGUUCUUGCUGUUGGCGUUCUAGCUCUUCUUCUAUUAUGGGGUUAUCAGAGAGAGUUACCCCAAGAGUAUUCCACUGAAUGGGUUGUUGCUGUUCUCUGCACUGUUUUGGUUGGUGUUCUAGCUGUAUCUUUAGUCCGGAAAUGGGCACUACACUAUCUGAGAGGACCAAGGUUCAUCAGCGUGGAAGAAGACUGUGACGCUACUUUUUGCUGUUCCUUCAGCCCAAUGAAGAACAUUGAGAAUGAUUCUCAAUGGCACACUGUCACAGAAGUGGAUGAAAGAUGAUCAGGACAUAUUCAUGUAUGAUAACGGCAAUGUUUCAGUUUCAGUUCAAGAUUAGUUAAAAGGUCGCGUCUCACAUUUUCCAAAUAAACUGAAGUCCAGCAACGCCUCCAUCAAGAUCAAAAAAAUGACAGUGUCUGACCGUGAAGUCUACACCUGUGAAUUUCCAAAUCUUCAGCCAAGACAAAAAGCCUGCAUCAGUAUUAAGGCCCCUUCAGUGUA